AUGCGAUUCUUCAACCCCAAGACCGCCUUCUUUGCCCUGGCUGCUGCUGUGCUGAUGGUGCAGUGUGCUGUUGCCACCACGCUUUCGCCCACCCUGGAGCUGCUCGGUCCUCUUGUGCGCGAGGGCGACGGACCCGUGAUUGCGUACAACGAGUUCCUUGCCAGGAUCAGCUCGGAACAUCACGGAUUGGCCAAAAAGUUCUGGACCAAGUACGCCAUUCCUCGCUACAACCGCGGUCUGUCCACCUCGGGCUCGCACUGGAACGAGUACUUCGAGCGACACGGUUGA